AUGACAAUUUACGAGGGGAGUUCGAGGGCAAGUGUUAACCGAAUAGCCAAAUUCGAAAAGCAUUCAAAGGAAUCCAUUUCCUCUGGACAAGAUGAUAAACAAAAUGAAAUUGCUCAUCUGUCAUCAAAAAGUGAAGAUCGUCCCCGUGAAUAUAAACACUAUGUUUUCAUUAGAAAUGAACGACUAGAAGAGAAAAUGUUUAACCACAAUGCCUCAAUAAGAGUGGACCCGGUAGCGCCAUCAGAAAUAGCUUUCUCGGUUUCAACGAGUGCGGGAAAAAGAAAUCUCGAUGUAAACGAACCAAUUGUAUUUUCUGAAGUUAUGACAGAUAUUGGGAGCGGAUACAAUGAGAGUGAGGACAUCUACACUGUACCAAUGAGCGGGGUGUACACAUUAACAUGGACUACAGUUUCCGACGCACACUAA